AUGAAUUUCGACAAUUUAUGUCAUAUAUGUCAAUUGAAAUCAGCACCGUAUAAAUGUCCAAGAUGUCAAAUGAAAUAUUGUAGUUUAAUCUGUUAUCGUGAUAGAUUACAUAAAAAAUGUUCGAAAGAAUUUGAUGAAAAUGAGAUAAUUGACUCAAUGAAUAUUGAUGAAGAUCAAGAUCAAAAUCAAAAUCAAACAACAACAAAUAAUUUUGUACGAGAACGAAUUGAAGAUAUUUUAAAAAGAAAAGUAGAUGAAAAAGAAUUUUAUAAUGAAGAAGAUGAUGAACAAAUUGAAGAAUUAUUUGAACAUAUUUUACCAUCGAACGAUUCAGAAAUGUAUCGAGAAGAAGCACCUAUCGAUGAUGAUGGUGAUGAUGAUGAUGAAGCUGAAGAACGUAUUGCAAGUGAUGACGAAGACCCUUUACCUGCGUUACCUAAUGAUAUGGAUGAAUCCGAUGAGAAUAUAAAUCAAUUGUGGACUUAUUUAACAAGUGAAGAAAAACAUGAAUUUAAAUCCAUGUUACAUGAUGGGCGUAUUUCACAUUUACUUAAUGAUUAUAAACCAUGGAAACCUUGGUGGUUAUAUAAAACACAAGCACCUGCUCUUAUUACAGAUCUAGAAAAUACAACAACGCCUUCAUCAUCUACUUUACCAGAUACAAUUCCAAUAACUAUAUCUAAUAUUGUUCCACUUCCAUCAUUAACAUCAAUUCUUCCUCAUAUUUAUGUUCGAUUUGAUGUUUUUGAAAUACUUUUUGCUUAUGUUCUUAUUAGUAUUCGUUAUCGUGGAGAUUUUCAAUCAUAUAUAUCAGAAGCAGGAAGUGAAUUUUUACAUAUAGCAUCAAGACAUAUAACACAAAAAGCAACUAUAUUUGAUGAAGAACAAGAUUCAAUAUUUAUUGUUCAAACACGUAUUUCAUUACUUCGUGAACAUUUACAAGAUCAAACAUUAUCCUAUCAUAUAUCUGAAGAAUUUUUUGUUAAUCUAUUAGCGGAUAUUCUAAGUAUUAUUCAUGGUUCAUAUCAAGGUCAAACAUCAUCAAAUAUCUAUGUAUUAGCAGCAUUAUCAGAACUUAAACGAUUUCUAAUACAAAUUCAAGAAUAUAAACCAUCAGUAGAAUCAAUUGCAAAUGAAGAAUUAAAUAAAUCAACACCAGGAAUGAUAAAUGUAUUUCAUACGAAUCGAAAAAUUAAGCCAAAAAUAACAUUAAAUCGAUCUAAUAAUAGCAAAUUAUGUAUUCGUUCUGAACCGAAUGUAUCAAAACAAUCUGAAUCAAAGAAAUUAGUAAAAAAUCAAAAGCUAAAACCAUUCAAUCGUAAAAUAGUUCAAUCUCUUUUACAUAAAAUUGAUUAUCUUCUAAGUUGGACAAUAACCCAUUCAGAUCGUCUUAAAAUACUUGAAUAUGAAUUAGAACAAAUCGAAGAUAAUCUUCGUCAUGAACUUACUCAAUAUCAACGUGAUAAAAAUCGAAUUGAAAAAAAUUUAAAACACAUUCGUUUACAUCAACAAACAACAAAUGGUUCGAAUCGUAUACAAGAAUUGUAA